CCUGACCUGUGAACACAAUAAAGAGGCCACAAAUAUCGGUUUUGCAGACACGAGAAAGUUUCAAACUUUCAACAACUUGUCAUUAAAUUCAACUUUCAGCUAACAAACUAGAAAAGAAGAGUGUCAAUACAACAAAGCUGAUAUCUCCCAAACUCACAAUUUUGCCUUCUUGGGUCGCAAACAAGAAACACCUUUUACCCUCAAAUGAUUUUGUAUCUUACCGUUGAAGAAAUGAUGGAUAUUAACCGAUCCCGAAGAUUGAACUUCAAUGCUCCAUUCUUGUCGACGAAGCGCCAUGUCAGCCAAGAGAAGCUUCCGGGUCAGUUUCCGGAAGCUUCCGUCCCGUUUUGCUGGGAGACCGCUCCCGGGAUGCCCAAGAACUCGUCUCAUUUGAAAAAUGAUGCUGAAUCCGAGACGCCCCGCCUCAAACUACCUCCUGGAAGAUUGAAGGUGCACGUUAAAGGUGAAAACGACGACUUUGAUGACGCCAGUGAGAGUUUAACACCAGCUAGAUUGUCGCAUAUGAAGAAACGCAACAAUCACGAACAUUUCCAUCAAACCAACCAAGACACGGUCGAUGUCUUGUCUCUCACGCAAGCCAUAGACAUGGUCGAACUCCCAAAAGAUAGCGUUUCGGAAUCGGAUGGGAGCAGCGGAGCAGGUGACUCAAACGGCUACUUAACAAUGGAAAGCACAGAACGAAGCGAAGACAUGUCACCGAGUUACAUAAUAGAGCGGUUUCUACCGGAUGCAGCGGCUCUAGCAGCCGUGACAUCAGCGGCUAGCCAAAGAAGGAAGAAGAAGCUCUCUUAUUUGAGUGGUGCAACCGUGAGGCAGUCUUGUUUUUCACCAAAAGCUUGUGGCGUACAUGUAUUGCUGCCUUGGAGCACUAAGCAUAGAAUCUGUGGCGUCAAAAAUGCAUUUUCUCCAUCUUCCCACGUCCACUUGCAACCCAAGUUUAUUACAAAAAAUAACUAGUUGGAUUAAGGUACUUUUUUGGUUUCUUGUAAAAUGUGGUGGUUAAUAACAUUUAUACGAAAAGAAAGAAAAGAAAAGCAUGUACAAAAUAUAAGGCCCUUUUGCCAAAAUUGUUGCAGCUAGCUUUAAAGUUAUCAUGUAAUACUUUUAUAUAUAUAAUCCACAAAUUAGACUUUGGAUC